CUGCGGAGAGAGGCUAGAGAGAGAACAUCGGCAAGAAGAGCGAGGGUGGCUGAGGCCAGGCCAGGUCUAGGAUUACAGCUAGCACUGGUACGACCAUGGCUACUUCCUCUACCAUGUCGCAGGCCUCUUCACGGGCCACUUCGUCAGGAGUCAGUCAGAGUGGUUCUCAGGCUUCCAUUAGCGAGAGUGCUGGCUUGCAAGUCAUCCAGCAAGCUCAACUCACGCCGAAGGAUUAUGAGAUCCUCCAAGCAGAAGAACUUCAGGAUGAGUUGCAGCGACAGUUGGAUGAAGCAGCAGAGAGGAGGAGAAGAGCAAUCAUGAGAAAAGCUAGACUAGGUAGUAGAUUGCAGGAGCUAAGCAGAUUAGAAGCAUUAGAUGAGUCAACACUUGACCCUGCGAUGCGAGCGCUGCGUAACUCGCUCCUGUGUGUGGCGGAGAUGCAGGUUGUUCAGCAGGAGGUGUUGGCUGAACUAGUGGCAGGCCAGAAACGAAUUCUGGCUGCACUACAGGCUCCUCGUCCAGUGAUGAGGCAGCCUCAGUUUGUUGUAGCUCCCCCAUCGGUUGCGGGUCCAUCGAUGACGACAUCGCCGGCUGGGCCCUCAUUCUCACCUAUGUUUGGCAUGCCCCCUCCAGAGUUGGAUGAGCUCCGCCCACAGCUCAAGGAGCUCAAAGAAAAGGGAUGGAUUCGGCCUAGUACCUCCCCUUACAGUGCGCCGGUCUUAUUUGUCCCAAAGAAGGGAGGUACCCUGCGGAUGUGCAUUGAUUAUAGGGGCCUCAAUGCCAUCACCGUUAAGAAUGCGGAGCCCCUACCCCGCAUCGACGACCUCUUGGAUAGAGUGCAGGGAUGUCGGUGCUUCACCAAGAUAGAUUUGAAGUCUGGAUACCAUCAAAUUGCCAUCAAACCUGAGGACCAGCACAAAACCGCAUUUCAGACCAGGUAUGGUAUGUACGAGUUUGUGGUGAUGCCCUUUGGCCUAUGCAAUGCACCUGGUACAUUCCAGCACGCGAUGAACAGGAUAUUUCAUGACUUCUUAGACAAGUUUAUCGUCGUGUACCUCGACGAUAUCCUUAUCUUUAGUAGGACCGUAGAGGAGCACGCGGAGCACUUGAAAAUAGUGCUAGAUCUCCUUAGACAGCACCAGUACAAGGUUAACUUGGAGAAAUGCGAAUUCGGUCGCACCAAGAUCUUGUACUUGGGUCAUGAAAUCUCAGCACAUGGAUUGAGGCCGGAUGAUGCCAAGAUGGCCAGCAAACGCGACUGGCUAGACCUCGGACUAUUACUGAGGCAACCCACUGCAGCACCUGGCAGCAUAGAGUUUGCUGUCAAGUAUGAACAGAUGCUGCAGCAGGCCGUUGAACAUAUAAGGAAGUCUCAGGAUGCUAUGAUCGCAUAUGAGAAUAAACAUAGACGGCCCUCUAACUUUCAGGUAGGUGAUAGAGUCUGGGUGAAGUCAUAUGAACUGGGUCAGGAGAUGGGGAUUUCACGAAAACUGAUGCCACAGUACUUUGGGCCCUGGGAGAUCUUAGACAUUGUAGGGGAUCAACCAGAUGGGCCUUCAUACGUGAUUAGCAUUCCUCCACACUUGCGUACUUACCCUGUUUUCCAUGCAUCCAAGCUGGCACCUGCCGCUGCCACAGAUCAGUUUCCCUCCAGGAGAUCAAUGCUGCCCCCAACCAUGGAUGGCGAAGUGGACAUAGACCAGAUUCUGGAGCAUCGUCUGAUGCCAGUUCCUCGACCACCGGGCAGAGGCCGCCCUCCUAAGCCAAAAAUGCAGUACCGGGUCAGAUUCAAACAUCAUCUGGACCCCAGCGAAGAUCGGUGGUUCACCAGAGAAGAACUCAUGAGAACUGCACCUCAAGUCAUUGCAGGCUAUGAAAGAGAUCUUAAAGGGAAGAUGCCUGCAGAAUAGAAAACUUCUCAGAGGACUAUCGAAGUACAGGAGGAGGGAAUGCAAGGUUAUGGGUCCUCGGCAGGCAUAAGGGGCCCCCUGCAACAAAUGUGCCCGCCCUAA